UACUAAGAUAUAAUGAUAAGAAUGAGGAGACAAAGAGGAAGAAAAAGAAACAAGGAGAGAAGAGAGCAGUUCAGGGGUCAUAAAGUCCUCCAAAUAUUUGUAGGAAUGUCUCCUGCAACACCCUCAGAAGUAUUUGGUUUAUACUACUGAGGUGUUGUACUGAGAUAAAUGGUGAGAAUGAGAAAGAUGGAGAAAGAGAAACGAAGAGAGAAGGAGAAGAA